AUGUCUCGUGAUGAAUUGAUGAUGGAAUUAGGGCAAUUAAGAAGAACAAUGAUUGAGGACAGAAACGUAUUCCGAGUAAAUGUUCAAAUAACCAAUUCCUUUUCAUGUCCAAAUAAAUUAGUAUGUCUAACAACAAUGGUUAUUGGAUCAUUGAUUGAGGGAAAAUCACUUGAAGCAGAAAAUUGGAUGCUCAUCAAGAGUGCAUUCAAUCCCUAUGAAGAAUUUAGACAAAAAGUAAUUAAUUAUGAUCCGUUGAGCAUGUCCUUGAAAACACAUGAAAUGAUCACAUUAAUGUUGGAUCAAAAUAAGCAAUUGUGCUUGGAGGAUAUUGGUGCCAAAACAACAAAUCUUCAUUGUUUGUUGUGGAGAUGGAUGCAUGUUGUUUUAAAGUUGAAGGAAUGGCACAAUAGAUAUGAAAAAGUGGUUCAAAAGCAUCUAUUCCAAACCAGAUUUACCUCUGAUGUUUCCAUUCAUUGUAUUAGUGAUGAAGAGUAGAGUUGCUCAUGUUCGUGACGAUACAUGCCUAUUUUGGAGGAAUAAUUCGAAAGAAUGAGGUUCACGAAUUAUUAUUUGAAAAUGUCAUGAGUUGUCUCAUUGAAUAGCUACAUGUGCAUGCACGUUCAAUUCAAUGCGUUUCUAAAUUCUCAAUGUAUUAUUGUUUACAUGGUUGGAGUUAUGUAUUUUGUUUGUGAUUGUAAAAUUUUAACACGUUGGGUGUGUUGAAUAAAGAGAGCCACAAUGAAGGAG